GUUGCGUUGGCCGUACUGUGUCACAGAUAUCAGCAUGAGUGAACGUCUUUCGAAGUUCAGCAGAAUUAAUAGCCUUGCAACUUCAGAGACUGGUCUGGUGUCCAGUAACAUAUAUAAAGAGCCGCCCCUCGUCGAUCUGACGCAUCUCAUCUUAGUUCCUCCUGUUCAAAUUCUUCAUAGCACCCCACCUCCUCACGUCCAACCACAAUGACCCUCAAGAUCUACGGUGUAUCCAUGUCGACCUGUGUCCGACGCGUCGCUCUUAUCUGCAAGGAGAAGAACGUCCCAUACGAGAUCGUCCCCAUCGACUUCUCCAAAGCCGAGCACAAAUCUGCCAGCUACCUUGAGAAGCAGCCUUUUGGUCAGAUCCCUUACAUCCAUGAAAAGGACGAUGAUGGCUUCAUCCUCUACGAAUCGCGCGCAAUCGGGACAUACAUCGCCAGGAAAUACGCCUCGCAGGGUACCCAGGGCUUGAUCCCCACCACCAACGAUCCUGCAGCCUUGGCUCUUUACGACCAAGCUCUUUCCAUUGAAACCGCCCAAUUCGAUCCCUCCGCAUCCGGUUUGGCAUGGGAAAAUGUUUUCAAGAAGUUGCACGGAAUCGAGGCCGACAAGGCUCGGGUUGAGGAGUUGCUCACCACGCUGAACGGAAAAUUGGAUGGUUACGAGAGGAUUCUCAGCAAACAGAAGUACCUCGCUGGUGAUCACAUCACCCUCGCCGACCUUUUCCACCUGCCUUACGCUGGCUUACUUGUAGUACAAGGAUACGAUGUCUUGGAAAAGAGGCCCAACGUCGCCAGGUGGUUCAAGGACAUCUCUUCGAGGCCUUCCUGGGAGGCCGUGAAAGAAUUCGCAUAAUCCCCGCCAUGCUCACUUGUACAACAAUACAGGGGAGGUUCGGGUGAUGAAAAGCAGUCAUUGUAGCUUGUACAUUAACUUGUACCACGCUGUGCAGCAAUAGCAUCUUGUUUAAAG